UCCUCCAUCCGCCAUCUCUCUUUUUCUAUCCAGAAAUGGGCAAGAAAGGAAAUAGCUGGUUUGCAUCCGUGAAGAGGGUCUUCAAGCAUCACUCCAAGGACUCGCCGGAAAAGAAGAAGGAAAACGUAGAAAAAUGGCAACAUGAAGCGCCAGAAGUUGUGUCAGUUGAACAUUUUCCGGCAGCAAGCUCCCCUGAUUUCUCAAAUGGCGAGAGUUUCGAUUCAUCCUCGGCGGCUGAAGACCCCAACCAUGCCAUAGCUGUCGCCGUAGCAACUGCUGCAGCAGCCGAAGCUGCUGUUGCAGCCGCUCAAGCGGCUGCUAAGGUGGUCCGUUUGGCAGGUUACGGACGUCAAUCUAAGGAAGACAGGGCUGCUACGCUCAUUCAAUCACGUUACAGGGGAUACUUGGCAAGACGUGCGCUGCGUGCCCUGAAGGGCCUAGUGAGGCUGCAAGCAUUAGUGAGAGGUCAUAACGUCCGGAAGCAAGCACAGAUGACUAUGAGAUGCAUGCAAGCACUGGUGCGUGUGCAGGCAAGAGUGCGUGCCCGCAGAAUUCAGUUAGCCCAAGACAGGCUUCGGAGCAGGAUGGAAGAAGAAGAGGAAAGGCUUGGACUGGGCGAGGAAGCUUCAAGGCGAAGGAGCCCCACGAAGAACAUUGAAAUGGAAUGUUGGGACAACAGAAGCCUGAGCAUAGACAAGAUAAAGGAGCAUUCCAUGAGGAAGCACGAUGCUGAAAUGAAGAGGGAAAGAGCUCUAGCUUAUGCUUUUGCCUACCAGCGACAACAAGAAGACCACAAGUUAUUGCACGACAACGAUCCAAACGGUGAUAAAGAGAGAUUCUUCGGCAGCGAGCACGAGAAGCCACGAUGGGGAUGGAACUGGCUGGAACAGUGGAUGGCAUCACAGCCAUACCACGCCCGACAUUUGGUACCUCCGCGCGAGACUUCCUACGUCGCAUUAACACCCACCACCACCGAUGACAUGUCGGAGAAGACUGUUGAGAUGGAUUUGGCGAGCGAAAAUGUCGUCAAGUCCAUCCGCAGCAGCAUUGGAGGGGACAUGGAUCUGAUGGAGACGACGACGUGCCCGUAUGCAGCAGCUAGGCAGCAGCGACAGUUGGGCUCAGAGUUCGUUCCGAGUUACAUGGCCCCAACUCAGUCUGCCAAAGCAAAGGUAAGGAAUCAUCAGGACUCAAUCAAGAGUCGAAGCACUUCCACAAAGAGGGGAGCGGUUGCUGGGCCAGGGUACGAGUCCUCGAGCGCCGGUGGGAGAACGUCAACUUUCCACGUCCCCAGGAGCCCAAACCCAAAGAGCAAUGGAAACCGUGGCCCGGGCAAGUGGAUUGGCGGGGGAUACAGCCCAGACUCAAGCAGCGAGGACAGGGCAUUCCCAUUGCCCUUGGGACUUGGGAGCCCGUGGAUAUAAGACGAUCAUAAUAAUAAUUUUGGUUCUAUUGUGGUUCAGACGGGCAACAACAGCCCUUUUGUUUUACAGCAUCUUUCUUAGCUCAUUGUGAAAUAAGGAUUGGUGAUUUAUUACUAGUUCUUGAGGGAAAAAAAAAAAAAAAGAAGGAUUGGUGAUUUAUAAGUUCUUGAGAAGGAAAAAAAAAAAAAAAGGAUUGGUGAUUUAGUAAGGUAGUUUUGUUGGAGCUAAGCUAAGUAGGGUGUUAACUUUCUUUUUUUUGGGUAUUUGUCAGAAAGGUAGAGAGUGUAACUGUAAUGUAUGCUGAUGCUUUCCUACUCGUUUCUUGUGAAUUACCGAUGGAUCCUUCGUGAGCACGUUAUUCGAAGUUACCAACCACAAGGCUAAUUAAGUUGAAUCAAUUACUUUGCC